GAGCUGAGGACGUGGGAAAGUGAGAAGCUGCUCAGACAGAAGCAGGUUGGAGUCGAUGCAUGAAGCGUCUGAGAGCAACGGGACAAAAACUGUGAGGAAAAACUGUAGCUGUAAUUAGAAGACAGUGGACGACUUUCAGGCAGGGGAGGGGUGAGAACUAACAGAACCCGACUCUCCAGGAGAUGUGUGAUGAACGGUGGUAACCAUGGAUGCUGUACUUCGCAUUGCAUUUUCAAACCCGGCUGCAGAAAUAACAAGACGAAUGAAGAAAAUGAGGAAAGCAUGACGGUAGCUGACUGAGUCUUUCUCUUGACUCUUCUUUUUGCCACCUCACACCUCAGACCUGCAGCUGAAGGACACCUAAUGAUAAUAAUUGCCUGAUGCAACACUUUCAGGAACUGACAUUCUAAGGAAUCACCAAGGCUUUUUUGGACCUGUCACGAGCUAGAGCUGUCACCUGGAGCAGCUCAGUCAAAGAGUCGGAGUAAUCUUCACAAAGGAGUAUGGGAAGUAGAGUUCAGAACACAAAGUCAUCCCCUGGAUGUCAGUCCCACGGGAAUCAAUGAGUAGCAGUGGAUUUGGCAGCAGCACCAGCUUGCUCCAGGGCCGGCGUUUCUUCUGCCGGGAAUGGGCCCUGGAGAAGCUGAGGCGCUACCUGGACGCCCGCUCUGUGCCAGGCCAGCCUCCGGGGCUGCUGGUGACUGGGGGUCCCGGAGCGGGGAAGACUGCCCUGUGCACUGAGGUAGUGUGGCCCACCUCAAAGGCAGGGCUGGCAGUGGGGUUGGCACAGCGCUGCCUGGCCUCCCACUUCUGCCACAGGGAGGACCAGAGGAGUACGGUUCUGUGGAGGUUUGUCCUGGGCCUGGUGGAACAGCUGCAGACCUCACCUCUCCUACCUCCCGGGUAUGAGGACAUGCUGAAAAUCCCUUCCAUAUCCUCUGUUCUGGAUCCUCUAACCUGCCAGAAAGACCCGGAUGACACGUUCAAGAGAGCAGUGCUGGGACCCCUGUUGGACCUUCCCAACCCGACCCAGAGCUUGUUGCUGGUGGUGGACUCCUUGGACAUUGAACAUGGAGCGGGUGAUGGAGGGAUCAGUAGGAACUCUAUUGCAGAGUUGCUGGCCUCCAAUCAGCACCUGCUACCCAGUUGGUUGCUCCUCGUCUGCUCUGUACGCCGCCAAAACAAGACUGUGUGCAAGAUGUUCUCAGGUUUUCGUAGGCUCUGUCUGGAUGAUCUGCGAAAGCCUCCGCCGGUCCAUGACGUGCAGCAGUACAUCCUCUGCCGGCUGGAUGAGGAAGCAGCGUUACGCCGUCAGCUAACCCCUGACACAGCUGACAUGCUCAAUCUACUGCACAUCAAGAGCAGCGGCUGCUUUCUCUUCCUCGAGCGUGUGUUGGACGGUGUCGCAGCAGCCCUUGUGGGUCUUCGGGAGAUCCGGGACAUCCCUGGGACUCUGAACGGCCUCUAUCUUUGGCUGUGUCAGAGACUUUUCCCCCGUGGAAUCUUUAUCUAUGUCAGGCCUCUCCUUAACAUCCUGUUGGCAGCUCCAAAACCACUGACACCCCAACAAAUCUUCACAGCUGCCUGGACACAUGACACCAUGCUUAGCCUCCAGGAUUUCCAAAACAAGCUGAGAACUCUUGCUCCCCUCCUGAUCGACGGCCCUGGGGGCACCAAACUACUUUUUCAUGCUAGUUUUGCUGAGUGGCUAAUGGAUGUGAAAUAUUGCACACAGAAGUACUUGUGUAGCAGGACUGAGGGUCACAGCAUGCUUGCCAUGGCUCUGACUCUGCAGGGACCCCAUCUAAACACUGAGGACACCUGCCAGCUAGCAACACAUUUAGUUUGCUCAGGUCACCAUAAAAAUAACCCUUCAUUAUUGGCAUUGUGGAUGCUUUGGGCAGGUGUACCAGCUCUUACUCCUAGUUGCAAUAGUCUUGUCUCCUCAUCCUUAACUCAAUGUCCUGUUCUAGUCAGUGAAGAAGUCCUUCAGCUGUUAAUCAGUAGUGGACUCUUAUCUGCAGCCUUCUCACCAGAUUCAGGGCAAACUGUUGGAGUACAUUGUACAGGUGAAGAGGUGACUCCUUUACAACAGGAAUUUGAAAGAGAACUUUCUAUAAAGAAGCUACUGGACAGUGGGGUUCCUGUAAACCAGGUCGGUCCUACAGAUGGACGGACUUUGCUUGCAAACACAGCCCAUGAGGGUUCUGAAAGUCUAACUGAACUUCUCCUGAAACAUGGAUGUGAUCCACUGAUAAGCGAUCACCAGGGUCAGACACCACUGACACUGGCAUCCAGGCAGGGUCAUGUAAAAGUACUGUCUGUGCUGCUAAACUGGGCCAAGAACCAGGAGCCAGAAACUGCGAUGAGGAUGAUGGAACACAUCGACAAUGAAGGAUGGACAGCACUACGCUCUGCAUCCUGGGGAGGACACAGUGAGGCAGUACGUCUUCUGUUGGACGCAGGAGCAGAUGUUGAUGGGUGUGAUGGUGAAGGCCGGACUGCUCUCAGAGCUGCAGCCUGGGGGGGUCAUGAUGAAAUUGUCCUGACCCUGCUGGACUAUGGAGCUCAUGUGGACAAAGCUGACUGUAAGGGCCGUACACCACUUAUUGCUGCUGCCUAUAUGGGACAUCAUGAAGCUGUGGAGAUACUUCUGGACCACAAUGCAGCAGUUAACUUAGCUGAUGGGGAUGGGCGCACUGCUUUGUCAGUGUCUGCCCUCUGUGUUCCUACAGCAGCAGGGGUCAAAGGUUAUGGGGAAGUAGCAUGUCUCCUACUGGAGCGUGGAGCAGAUCCAGGACACAGAGAUCAUGAUGGAAUGACACCUCUGCUUCUUGCAGCCUAUGAGGGCCAUGAUGACAUAGUGGAGCUUCUUUUAGAAGCUGGCGCUGAUGUAGAUGAAACUGCAGGCCCUAAUGGAAAUGUCUCAGCUGCAGCUGCUGUUACUCCCCUUCUGGCAGCUGCAGCAAUGGGCCAGAUUAAGACAGUGUCACGGCUGCUCUUCUGGGGUGCAGCUGUAGAUGCCAUUGACUGUGAAGGCAGGACAGCACUCUGCCUUGCAGCAGCAAGAGGCAGUGUUGAGGUUGUUCGUGCCCUGCUAGACCGAGGCCUGGAUGAGAACCACAAGGAUGACCUGGGCUGGACACCACUGCAUGCAGCUGCCUGUGAAGGCCACCGAGUCAUAUGUGCAGUUUUAACAGAGCAAGGCAGCAUGGCACGUGUUGGAGAAAUGGACAUUGAAGGACGUACACCUCUUAUCCUGGCUGCUCAGGAAGGUCACUUGAGCACUGUCAGGCUGCUGUUGGACAGACGUUCUCCCAUUGACCACAGAGCAUAUGAUGGACAUUCUGCCCUGAGCGCAGCCCUCCUAGAGGGCCAUGUGGAAGUGGCAGAACUGCUGAUGAGGCGAGGGGCUGAUACUGAUGUCCGUGACGCAGAGGGAAGGCCACUGCUGUAUCUUCUGGUGCUAGAGAGUCGUCUUGAGAUGGCCACUCUCCUCAUAGAGAAAGGGGGCGUGCCUCUGGAGUCUCGGGACUCUGAGGGACGUACAGCACUUCAUGUGGCCUCCUGGCAGGGAUGUGCAGACAUAGUAACUCUACUUUUAAAGCAUGGUGCCAACCCCAAUGCACAGGAUUCAGAGGGGAGGCCACCAUUGCAUUCAGUAGCUUGGACAGGGCAUGCUGAUGUGGGAUGGCGUCUCCUAGAAACCAGCGGUGUCAAUAUAGACCUGGCUUGUAACCAGGGGGCAACAGCACUGAGCAUUGCUGUGCAGGAGGGACACAUUAACAUUGUUGCAAUGCUUCUUAAAAAAGGUGCAAAUCCAGACCACAUAGAUAAAUAUGGUCGCUCUCCAGUCAAAGUAGCUAGUAAACAUGGGCACUUUAACAUUAUCAGGCUCUUGGAGAGCUAUGGAGCCAAGCCAUAUCUAGGCCUGUUGCCUAACUCCAGUACUGUCUCCCCCUCAAAACCCAACAAGCCCUCCUUGGGAAUUUCGGAGUGUAAUGGAGGUGAAGGUAGAGGUGAAUUUGGAGGUGCUACGUCAUCUUCUUCAUUAUCUUCUCCUGGCUCAACUGCUGAACGAUUCCACUCCAUGCAGAGCUCCCAGACCUCAUCUACCUGCCACUCACUGGCAACGGUGCAGACAGUUCCAGCAGACAGCCUCAGCUUCAUCCAGCAAAUACAACAGCACUCACUGCCCCGCAGUCGUAGCCGUCCCUCUACCCUCCCUCCACCAGGGAGCAUUGGCAUUGGCAGCCUCCAUGGAAGCAGCCAGAGGCAUCCUAAAGGCAGCCCUCCCCCAACUGUUUGCACAGUUACUGCCAUAGUGCACAACUGCGACCUGCCACAGAAAGGCAUGCCGUCUGGUCUUGAAUGCCAUGACAAAAUUAACAAACAAAAUUCAACUUUAAUAAAAGCAGACAGGGCUACUUAUGCAGGUGGUAAAUGGCAUUCAGUCAUGGCUUCCCUUGGGAUAAUGCCAGGACAAGACAGUCCAGCAGCAGUAGUAAGAAACAGAGAGAGUCCCCCGGUGGGCUACCCAUACAGGCUCCAGAGCCAGCUUCAAAGGGAAGCUUGGGAUUCUGUACCCCAAAAGAACAUUUUAUCAUCUCCUUGCUACAGUUUUAACCCACUCCCACCUUGUGGUGCCUUGCCAGAGGAUGCCAUGGUCGCCAUGACAACUGCAGACCCCCAGCUCCACCUGAAACAGGCUAUUAAACUUCAGUUUGAAGGACCCACCAGUGCAGCCUUAUAUAAGAGAGAGACCCCCCUGUGAUGUUAAAUUCAAGGGAAAGGCAGUGUUCUCUGAAGACAAUGACGUUCUAUGCUCAGAUGACAGGAAGUGAUCUCUCUCUCAAUCCCACAUCUGAGAACCAGAGGAACAAUGAACUGAAUGACACCAAGGCAUUUUUACAUUCCCAGUUUUCUGUUGACUGUUGUGUUUGUGAGCAGGGCUCUCACACACAAACCCAUGUUGAUUCAUUUCAGCUGGGGAUCGUAAGGAUAACCGAUCAUUUUCAGUUCGGACAAUAUUUUUGUGGUGUAUGCAAUUUUGAUUAGCACUAAUAUGAAUGACAUGAAACCCUGAGAAUGGGUCUAGAACAGCAUAGGUGUUAUCAAGACCCUGAUGGCUUUAAAGUGAGCAACUCUCACUCAUGUAGAAAAGGUUUGGGUUAGGUUUUAAAUUAUUUUCUCACUGGUAAAGAUUCCAUUUUUUACAUUUUUUUUAAAGAGAUGAACAACAUUGUUUGACAGCUUUAAGCUCGUGGCCUUGACUUUUAUCGAAGCCUAAUAUUUGCUAUAAACUAUCCUACUACCCUAUAAACUCCUAAAGGUCCAUCGCUGAAAACCAAAACCAUUCUAAAGAAAGACAUGCCGACCAUAGCCUGGCCAAGUGGGAGUUUAUGAUACACGAUUAAACCAAGCCAAGUUUACUGGACAAACUUGGCUUGUUCAGUGUGUCAGUGAUUAAGCAGGAAAUAAAAUGAGAAUUUGACUUUUAAAAAUGCGGGUGGAUGUGGGAGAGUUGAUAAUUGCAAAUCCUAAUGUGGUCUAAAUAAUUAUCUAGUUUUUGUGUUUUUCAUCAGACUAAUCUGUAAUUGUAACUAUUAAUAAAGUGGCAAAA